UGUGGGGGCCCGGCCUGUCUGAUUCACUGCCGAGCUAACCAGAAAACCUACGGCUGAAGGAGAUACCAUCAGAGCCCAGAUGUGAUUUAGCACUACUGCAGACGCCCUUCGGAAAACAAAGAGCAACGGCGAAGAUAAGCGAGAUUAAUACAGUCAGGAAGCCUGUCAGAGUGCCUGGUUCCUCCUGGAAAGCAAUGGGAUUCUGCUGUGAAAGGUGCUGUGGGCUGCCUCGAGUGCGACGCAUCCGUCUGUUUGUAACUCAUUUGGCUGAAGUCUCUUCAUUGUUGGGAAUUGGUGUUCUCUGUGCGCUGGGUUUGACUCAGGGCUUUAACAAUGGCUGCUCAGUGCCCUCCCUGAUGUCUGCUGGUUUCCCACACACAAGUGUUGAGUGGUGACAAGGAUUAGUGUGCCCAGCUUAGCACGAGUGCCUGUUGGAGUGGCCCAUGACUGAUGAGCUGGGCAGUGGAACUCCUUGGUUUGUUUUGUGCCCCGAUGCUGUUUGGUAUUUUACAUUUCACAAUUGGAAGCAUUGGCCCUGUGUCUCUAUUGAGCUGUAUUUUGAUUGCCCACAGCUUCACUUUUCAGGCUUCCAUUCUCACGGCUGCUGCCUCCCACCCAGGACUCAUCCCCGGUGAAUAAAGAUUGACUUAUUUUUUUUUCCUCUGCCCUUUUAAGGCGCUGUUUGCAAGGUAAUGACUACGUGUGGCAACCCCUUCUUUCCUUACGUUCACCUGCAGGCACACAGCUGGCUCCAAAACCAGCUCUGCCGGAACAGAGAGCGGCAGAGGGUGCUCUUGUGAGCUGGGUGCCUGCAGAGCCUGCUUGCAGCCAAGGCGGGGAGAAGCCCAGCCUGCUGCUGGGUGAAACAACAAGCUCUGCAGGUCAGGAAGCUGUGGUCUUGUGCUGCGUGGUAUCUGCACGGAGCUGCCUGCCGACACUGAGCUGAAGAGUGGGAGAGCUUGGAUCGAGAUGCUUGGGAUGUUUGGGAGCCCCUGAUGAGGAGCAGUCUUGUGGUUUAAAGAAGUUCUCCAGGUUGACUGGUGAGGAAGAGGCCAUGGCUGGAUUCCCGUUCUUCACACUCACCGGCUUCUGAGGUUCUGCAACGUAAGUGAUGGUCCCUUUCUUGCCUGGUAACGUGUCUGUGAUUAAACUGAGGCUGGAAAGCACUUAAUCCGUGUUGGAACUGCAGAGCUGUCAGAGAUGCUGCUGCAGCCAGCUGGACUGGACAGGUGGGAUUCCUAUAUUCAGUGCUGCAGUUGUAGCAUUGGCUGGGUGAAGCUGCAGGGAGGUGUGCAGGGUUUGUGCGUGGUGCUGCUGGCAUUGGGGAUGGGGAAGGAGGGAAAGGUCUUGAACACGGCAGCAUUGCUUGGGCUUCAGCUGCUGAUUGAAUCCAGAACGGCUCUGGAGGAAACCAACUGAGCUCCUGUGAGCAGGGCAAUGUGGAGGCUUCAGUGUGAUCACUGAAACAGCCUCUGGUUGAUCUGAAAUGAUGUAGGAUUGUGCUGAAUGUGGGGCACGGAGACAGCCAGCAGAUCUGGGCAAACACCUCCUGCAUCCCCUCAUGCUGCGAUCUGGAGCGUGCCUUGGUCUGCAUUGCUAUUGCUGGGUCUUAGAAGUGCUCAUGGAAGCUCGGUGGGGUUUGGGUCUGGUAUUGAGAGAGAUUUUGGGCCCUUUUCUUAGUUAUCUCAAUGGGAGCUCGGAUCCCCUCUCAGAGCCGCAUGAGCGCAGUGCAGGAACAUUCUUCAUCUUUACUGCUGGCAUCCCUUUGUCCUGGGCAGGCUGAGUGCUGUUGGCUGAUGGUUAGGAGGCUUUUGCUUUUCACACCUGGGGACUGAAACCCCCCCUACAUCUGCUUGGUGGGGCUUUGUUCAGUACAACUCCGCAGGGCAUUGUGCUGUGUUGGCUGUGGCCCCAAUGGCCAUUGUGAAUGGGAUGCACUGUGCUGGAGCUGCAGACCCUCCUCUUGUUUCCACAUCGUGUUGGUGCAGCAUUAUCUGCCCCAAUGAAUCACAUGAGCAAAAUCAGCAGCAGCAGAACUUAAAUUGACAGGAAAUCGAAUUUCGUUGUCAUGAGGCCCAGCUGAGGAACUCGAGCUUUUAGUAACGUGGCUUUUGGAGCUGAAAAACCCUCAUAGACCGGGGUAAGAAACUGGGUUCAGUGCUGGUGCUGAGGCAUCAUGACACGGGGCGAUUCCCCAGUGCGUGUCAUGACUACGGAGCUGCAGCCACCUUCCAAGCAGUGGGGCUGAUGGCAGUGCUGAACUUUGCAGCUCCUGCCCUCGGAGCAGCCCUGGGAUGUGGUGAUCUAUGACUUUAUUAGCAGGAAAUCGAGCUGCACGUUGCAGUUGGUUGUAAUCUCUGUCUUGCAGACCUGCUCGGUCAGAGCGUUGGGCUUCCAGGUGUUGGGUCUCAAACUGGUCACUCUUGGUAACAGGUAGAAGCAGCACCCAGUCCCUGAGGGGGCCGUUCCCAGUGAGUGCAGAACCCAAACGUGCCAAAGAGCAUUAAAAAUGGACCAUUUUUUAGGUCAAAAACACAGGAGAAACCGCAGACCUCCUGCACAGAGGAGGGGGUGGGCAAAGUAGGUCAGGAGAAGUGCUCUGAGUUAACUUCAGCUGAAGAACCUCACUGUCAAAUCCAGACAGCUCAUGGAUGGCUGUAGGAUGGGCCGCCCCCAUGUGUGCUUGUCUCAGCAAGAGAAGUUUGCCCUUGGAGCCCCAUUCACCUCCAGCCACCAUUCCUGCGUAUCGCUGAGUCCCAGCACCUCUCCUUGCUCCUGCCCUGGGUGCAGCCACCCCUGCAGCCUCUGAUCCUCUGUAAUGAGCCAAACAAGUUCAGCCGGGACAGUCUGGAGUGCUGCAGGUAACACAUGGUGCGUGCUCAGACAGCGAGCGGUGCUGCCUAAUUAAAACACCAUGGAGGGAGAGGAGCUCCUUCCCAGCUCUGAUGUGAGCCGGUCUGCCCAGCCCGGUCGGUGUCUCCGACCUCCUGUCUCCAUUUCCACAUGGAAAUAAUUGCUCUCUGGGGGUGAAGGCUUUGAGUCGGUGAUGUUUCCGAAGGUGUGGGAAGUUCUCACAUUGACACCCGAGGGCCUUUUUGGGGUGUGCAGAGCAAGGAGCGGCCGCUGGGACAGCGAUGCUGGGGAUGUGAUGGCAGCAUCCUACAUGACCUCACCAAAUGGUUCCCAGCUCUUCUGCCCCCAUGCCAUGGUCACUGCCCAGCCCUGCUGUCCCAUGCUGACAAUUUGGGGUCCUUCUGGGGCUUCUCUUUUAUAAGAUCUCCAAUGCAAUGAAUUCUGUGCUGCUCCUUUUUAAAAGGAACCAACAUCCGGAGCAGCAGGACAGAAAACAGUCCCUGGUGGCUGUCCCUGCAGAGGCUGUGGGCAGCAUCGGGGCAGCCCCCUGCCCAGCAGCCACACAGUGGGGUCCUGGCAGGGAACAGGUCACUGGGCAUUGGGUGCUGAGCCUUGUCCCCAUACCUGGCUCCACUUGUGUUUUCUCUCCCCACAGCUUGGCCCUGCAGCUCUCACAGAAGUGGUUCCCCAUGGCUGUGACCCAUGGUGAGGGGCUGCUGGGACCCCCACCCCUGGUGGCCCUCGUUGUCCUGGCCCUGCUCGGAGGCCUGGUCUACUUGUGCACCCUGUGUGCUGCCUGCCGACGCCGUGGCAGGAGGAAGAAGGUCCCUCCAGAUGGUGUGAAGCUGGUAGAUGAGUCCCUGCUCAGACAGAAACAGCUGCGCUCACUCAGCAAGUCAGACACGAAGCUACAUGAGCUGUACUGCCUGAAGGCCAAGGACAAGGACCAGCGUCCAGCCAGUAUGGAUUUCCCCCUCUCCUCAAUGCCCCCCGACUCCCUGCACAGCUCCGUCCUCCUGCACCGCCAGCUGCCCCAGAUCCCCAGCCCUGAGCCCCCCGGCUCUGACCAGACCUACUCCAACCUGCUCUUUGCCCCGUCACAUCGUGUACCCCCGGACACGCUCUAUGAGUGCUUGGCAAUGGGGGAGGAUGAUGCACCUGCUGCCACCGGGACCUCAGCGUGUCCCCCCCGGGUCGGGCAAGGGGCUGCUGACUAUGCCUGCGUCCGGAAGGUGAAGAAGACGUUGCCAGAGGAGCAGGAAGGGGCUGUGGCGGGACCCUCUGCAGCCCCACCGUGCUGGGAAGGUACAGGCAAUGCACCCUGUCUGAAGCUGGAAGAUAUGUACUCAACGGUGUGCAAAGCCACCAAGAAGAGGAGCCAUGGCCCUGCAGCAUCCCCACCCCAUGAGGAGCCUCCCCCAGCUGCCUGCUGGCCCACAGCCCCCUCCGAGCCCUGCUACGAGGCCAUCAAUGACAGAGCCUGGGCUGCUCGUGGUGCUGAGCCGGACUAUGAAGCUGUGGAUGUUCGCUGGAAGAAGGCAGCAAAACGGGACCGUCCGGGGAAGCCCCCCCAGCAGGAUAAUCUCUAUGAGAGCGUUGGUGAUAUGUGGGGAGGGGAUCCUCGGGGAGGUGCUGGCUGGAGCACCACCAACGGGCUGCAGGUUUACAUCACCAACCUAUAGCAAUGCCAGUGUGGGAGAGAGGAUGGACGGAUGGACGGAUGGACAAACAGCUGGAUGGAGGUUGGGCACUGCGGCUCUGCCCCGCACGGUGGGGAUGGGCACACAGCUGUGCCAAAUGUGAGCUCUGUAUAUAUCUUACGUUACUUCUCUUUAA